GACUGUAGGUAUGCUAAAUACCUCUGGUUCCUUAUCCGGGAACUACCUCUUACUCUGCUAUUGGGCCAUUGGGUCACGUGGUAAAAGUAACUUUACAGGGCUGCUCGCAAGUAGGAGGGCUUUAUGGAGCAGAAAAACGACAAAGCUAGAAAAAUUAUUUUCCACUCCAGAAAUUAAUGAUCAUGAGCUCGUAUUUGAUGGAGUCUAACUACAUUGAUCCGAAAUUUCCUCCAUGCGAGGAAUAUUCGCAAAAUAACUACAUCCCUGAGCAUAGUCCAGAAUAUUACAGCCGCGCAAGGGAGACUGGCUUCCAGCAUCACCAUCAGGAGUUAUAUCCUCCGCGGGCGAGCUACCAAGAGCGCCAGUAUAACUGUGCAAGCAUCCCUGAACCUGUCACGCCAAGGGGACAUGGAGUACCCCAUUCUGCGCACCUGCUGACAGGAAAAGGGCAGCCUGCUUCAUGUGAAACCCCACAGUUGUCCAUGUCCCCCGCCACCCCACCGGCCGCAACCUCCGCCUGCAACCAAGCUACCCCGGAGCAUCCAAACAGCACAGCCUCCUCCAAGCAGCCCGUGGUGUACCCAUGGAUGAAGAAAAUUCACGUCAGCACUGUGAACUCGGGUUACAAUGGGACGGAGCCCAAGCGGUCUAGGACAGCAUACACCCGGCAGCAAGUCUUAGAAUUGGAGAAGGAAUUCCACUAUAACCGAUAUUUAACUCGGCGGAGGCGCAUCGAGAUCGCCCACACCCUGGUUCUCUCCGAGCGACAGAUUAAAAUCUGGUUUCAAAACCGCAGGAUGAAAUGGAAAAAGGAUCACAGGCUCCCGAACACCAAAGUGAGAUCCUCUUCCUCCUCCUCCGGGUCCAACACAAGCUCAGCAGCCGGCGCUGUUGCCGCUGCCUCGGCCACUAACACUGGGGCCCCCGACGAACUCACCGGAGCACAGCAUGGCGAGGAUAUUACCAGGUUAUAAAACCACGAGCCAGCACCGGGGGUAGAAAAAGAACUGGUUAUUUAUAGA